CAGCUAGGUUUGCCAAACUGAAGAGCCACAGGGCACUUUAGAAAAUUAAUACUCCUACUAAAGUAUUCCCUCUUUCCUCCUCUCUCUCUCUUAGAAACAUUACCUUUCUUCAGGGAGGAAACAAGGGAAAAGGAACAACACCAGCAAUGGCUACGUCUUCUAGAAGGUCGACCGGGGCGGUUUUACCCGGCCACCGCGCCAGCGCUAUUCGUAAUUCCUCCACCUCGUCGUCGUUCGCUUCGUCUACCAGCUAUUAUUCCUCAUCUCCUGCAUCCAGUUUCCUCAACCAGCGCCGUGCGGCCUCUCCGACGCGCGUCAACCUCCACGGCCUGUUCUCUCCGCCUCCUACGCGGUCCGUUCGCUUCGAAAUCGACAGAUCUAUAUCUCCGCGCCGCUCGAUCGCGGCGGCGCCGCGCAAUCUCGUGCAGAGGAGCGGCGGCGGGAAUAUUCCGAAGCGGACGUGCCUAUGCUCCCCGACGAAUCAUCCAGGUUCGUUUCGAUGUGCUUUGCACAAAAACAGCGGCGGGAAUCAACCGAUCUCAUACUCUCCGAAUCGGUUGAACAUGAGGAGAUCUGCGAUGACUAAUUCUCUGGUGCGGAUCGGCACCGUGGAAGGAGAUCUGGUGAAGCGAGCUCUAGCGGCUUUGAUUCGUCCGUCGUCGCACCAGCAGCGUCGCCGAGCCGACUUCCGGCCGCGGCGGAGCCAUCUCUCGGUCAUGUCCAACGCCGACGACCUCUGACUCAGCGAAGCCGAAUCUGCAGGUUUGGUUAUAUUCGGAAUCACCAAUCGGUUGGCGAAAGAGUCCCGAUCCGCGGCGGCGACACCUGAACAAUUUUCGGAAACAGGGAAGCUGAUGUUUGUGUUGGUUGUACAUAUGAUUUUCAAAAUGAAGACGUAUUGGAUUAAAAAAAGGAGCAUUCUCGAUAUAAUUAAAUGAAUGAAACGAAUUUGCCCAGCCACCAAAAAGCAAUGAGGGGAAGAAACUAUAAUUUGAAUCUAAAAUUGAAGGAACAAGUAGUAUGCGUGUUGUGUUUGCUGCUGGUUGAGAUUAUUGAGAUCAUUCCAUUCUCAUUGCUGCGUAUUCCGUUACGGUGUCGUUUCCGUUCGGUGCGUUGAUUCGUAUUGAGAUCUGUUGAAGCAUUGCCUGCAAGCAUCGUCAAGCAUGAAAUCGAAGGUCGCGGCUAUGGACUUUGAUCUGGUUUUACCUUAGCUUUUAAGAUGGAGAAUUACUAAAGAUAAAUUGCUGUGAAUUUUACGGAAAUGACUUCACCUUUCUCCCUUCACGAAAGACUGCACAACAACUAAUUGGUAACGUAUAAAAGAAAUAGUGGGCGGACUGGUGACAUGAACAAGUUAUUAUAAUGCAAAUUUAGAAAUGUAUGGAAAAGGAUAAAAAAAUUUACAUCAAAAAUUAUAAGAUAAUAAAACUCAUAUAUACGUAGAGAA